AUGGACAUCUUCAGCGGGGGCGGGGGCGCAGCGGGGGCAGCGGAGGCAGCGCCGAUGGUGGCCUUUGAGAAGACGAACGGCUUGAAGGUAACCUUGUUCCCGCGCAAAGAGGGCGACGGCUCCGUGGUGGUUGUGGCCAAAUUCGCGAACAGCCUGACGGUGCCCAUGACGAACUUUGUCUUCGAGGCGGCAGUGCCCAAGUUCAUCACGCUGAGCAUCCAGCCGGCCACGGGGCAGGUGUUGCCUCCACAGACCGAGCUGGUCACACAGACCAUGAGAUGUGUUAACUCCACUCAGGGGGAGAAGGGAUUGCUCAUGAAGCUCAGGAUCGGAUACGUUUGCAACGGCACCCCAGUGCAGGAGAUGGGGCAAGUGGGAGGCUUCCCGCCCGGAUACUGA